AUGGAUGAGUCACCCGCCAAGAAUACCCGCAGUCAGCAUCCACUAGGAGCUGUGAAAGAUUUGAAGAAGCUUCCUGAUCCAAAGCGGAAACGUCAACCAGCACGUCCCGAGCCCGAUGGCGAAGACAGCUCUGGCGAAGACAAUCCGCCACCUCGGAAGCGUGGACGUGGUACUCGGGACGAGUUGGUAGUGGCCUCGCCGAGGAAGAAGAAUGUGAGGGCCGAGGACUCGGAUGAUGGUGACAAGCCUCCCGCAAAGCGAAGACGAGCUCUGCCUCAGACCCUGGAGGUCAAGGACAAGGGAGAAACCAAGCUGAAGCCGGUCCGUCUGGGGAAAGCAGCCGCCAAAGUGAAAGAGAGUGGCCAAGUUGGCGCAGGUCGCAAGACCCGCAGUGGCGGCACCAGACCUUGA